GGUACUGAUAGGACAACGCGGCAGAUUUAUCAAGACUUUCCCUGGAGUGUAUUGGCGAGGGUUGUGCUGAACAUGGAUAUCUGAGAAGAAUUUGUGACUGCUGGGAAGAAGUCUGUGAAGCAAUUGCAUUUUGGAGAGCGAGUGGGGUUCUUUUCCUUCUGUUUCGUACAGAGACAGAUUGGAUUCGCCAUCUGCUGGGAUUUUGACUUCUUGGCAUCAGCAUGAGUUCCAGAUCAGGUUCACUGCAGGGAACCAGGGAUUCUCUCUAUACCAGCCUGUGGGACUUUAAAGCAAUGACCGAGACAGAACUAAGCUUCCAGGCAGGAGACCAAUUCCAGGUGAUUGAGAAGAAGGGGGAGUGGUGGUGGUCCCAGAAGAUAGAUGCCUCUGGGGGGAUCUUGGAGGAAGGUUAUGUGCCGUACAAUUACUUGGCCCGGCAAGAGACCAUGGAGGCAGAGACGUGGUUUUUUGGGCAGAUCUCCCGUUCUGAAACCGUCCAUCGGCUGCUGUCCGAAGAGAAUAAAAGAGGGGCUUUCCUAAUCCGCAGAAGUGAGAAAAAUGGGGCCGACUAUGUCCUUUCAGUCCGGGAUGACUCACUGGUGAGGCACUACAGGAUUUUGCGCAACACCGAAGGGAAUUUCUCCAUGAACGCAACCCGGUCCUUUCCAGAUCUGCUUUCCCUGGUGGAGUAUUACAAAGCGAAGGUGCUCACCAACGGCCUGACGCUGUCAAGGCCGUGCUACAAGCAAGAGCCCAAGGCAAUGCCUCACUGGGAUGACUGGGAGAGGCCUAAGGAAGAAUUCAGCCUGGUCAAGAAACUGGGUGCAGGAUACUUCGGGGAAGUCUAUGAAGGCUACUGGCAGAACAAAGUCAAAGUGGCCAUCAAGGUGCUGCCCAGAGCUGACCUUCACCAGGACAUGUUCAAGGACGAAAUCGAGGCAAUGAAGAAGCUGAGGCACAAGCACAUCCUUUCGCUAUACGCCAUCUCUUCCACUGGGGAUCCUGUUUAUAUCAUCACAGAGAUCAUGAGCAAAGGAAACCUGCUAGAUUUCCUCCGAGAUUCCAAAGAGGGGCAGCUGCACAUGGUCGAGCUGGUCGACAUGGCGUCCCAAGUGGCCGACGGGAUGUGCUACCUGGAGUCGCAGAAUUUCAUCCACCGAGAUCUGGCAGCCAGGAACAUCCUGGUUGGAGACAACAACAUCUGCAAAGUGGGCGAUUUUGGGAUGGCCAGGCUGAUCAAGGAUGAUGUUUAUCUCUCUCACUCCCACAACAUUCCUUACAAGUGGACAGCACCAGAAGCCCUGUCUCAUGGACGCUACUCUAUCAAAUCGGAUGUCUGGUCCUUUGGAAUUCUUCUCUAUGAAAUUGUGACCCUUGGCCAGAACCCAUAUCCAGGUAUGACCAAUGGGGAAGUUUUCAGUCAAGUCCAAAGAGGCUUCAGGAUGCACCGCCCUCCCUCCUGCCCAGUCACCAUGUACAAUAUUAUGCGUCAAUGCUGGGAACUCAGUCCAGAUGAAAGGCUCAACUUCAAGCAGCUCAAAGGGCUGCUUCAGAGUUUCACCAACUACGAGAAUCCUGAAUAAAAGGAGCCUUUUCUCUUUUCCCUUCUCUUAAAACCUCAUCCGUGUGAUAUGAAGAGGGACCUUGAGGAUACUGAAAUGCACACGUUCUUAGAGGGCAGGCGUGGAGGCUCCGGCCUUCUGUGAUCCGUGCCACUGAGAGUGGAAAUGAAGCUUUAAUGAAAUGCCGUCCAAUUCGCCGUGCCCAUUUCGCCAGAAGCUGGGGAUCAGGCCUCUAUCUCAAAGAUCUGCGGGUGUUAAUUUGGAUGCUUCUUUAGAUAUCAAAAGGGACGUGCACAAGAGAGGAGAAUCCACGCACAAUGUUUCUACACGUACUACUGCACUGGAAAGAAUCAGAAAGGCACAGAGAACCACACGCCUCUUGAAGAUGAAGGUUGCAUUCCCAAGACAAAUCUAAAUGGAUCUGUGUAUUUCCCACAUCAUACAACGUUGCCACUCAGAUCGGAAAUAUUUAGAUUUAUAUGUAAACAUUUUCUUGUUGUUCAGAAAAUCACAUGUCCUCCAGGAGGGGAUCUCGGGUGCCGGCCACAAAAACGGUGGUGGAUUGUGUGCUUCUUUAGGAGUGCACCUGGUCAGCAGAAAUGGGAAAAGGUGUUAUCUAUGAGAUCAUUCAGAACAAAAGACAAUUGUUACUGUUAGAAAGGGCUCCCUGCACUUUAUAUGCUGCAUUUCACCAUAGUCAUAAGUUUGUGGUUUUAAACCAAGCUGGGGGUGAGGGGGCCGAAGGAGGUGCAGCUGCCUCUGCGUCCUGGCUACUGCUCCUCUCUCUCCCAUCCCACCCUGCCCCAGUGUUGACGAGAGCCGCGCUGCCUUCAGGCUGAUCAUUCAUCAGGUAGAGCUGCAGGCUGCUGGCCAUUCGUCAGAGAGAAUCUGCCAGUUGAGGAUGGAAUGCCACAAAUCUGACCAAGUUGGCUAACCUGAAAAAGUGGAUGUUUCAAUAAAUCAAUGAGUCUUAACAGGCAAGCAGAGUUCUUGUUGUUUUUGAACAAUUCCUUUCAGAAUUUCUUAGGAAGUUAAAUAGUGCUGGAAACUCAGCACUCAUGGCGCAUUUCUGUACAUCAGG